AAAUGAAUGCAAGGAUUUUCCACGUGCUCCUUUCCAGUUGUUGAUGUUGAAAACAAGCAUACCUUGAAUAUAGUGUGAGAAAGCUGAUUAACCUACAUUGUUACUAAAUUUAUCUUAAAAGCGAAGAAGAAGCAUCGGAUAUUUAUCAUUUGUUAACUGGUCAACAUGAAAAAGCUCACUGCCGUCGACUUGACUAAACUCGUCAAAGAUUUCAUCCAACUGGAGCAUAAAAUUACAGAGAUGAAAGGGGAAAAUAAUACUCUUGAAAUACAGCUGGACGAGACCAGCAGACUUCUAAAAUUCUCACAGAACAAGGAGAAACAGUUAAUUGAAGAGAGAGAUGGGCUUUUGGAAACUGUCAAAGGUCUGCAGCAAACCUUACAUCAACAGUGCGACCUCAGAGUUGAAAAUGAAAGUCUGAAAAAUGCAGCUCUUCAGAUGAAAAAAGAAAACGAAGCUCAAUUAAAGGAAAGCAAUACUCGGCUUCAGAGGAUGGCAGCUGAGAUGAAAGCCCUUCAAGAUCAACACCAGAGGGAGUUAGAAGACUGUGAUAAAGAAACACAAAGGAAACUGGAUGCUAAAGAUACAGAACUGAAAGUGGCUCAUGAAAGAUAUGAAUGUGCUUUGGAGGAGAUGAGAAGGCAGAUGAGAGAGAAGGAGAAAGAAAACCAAAGCCAAAUCAUUAAACUUCAAAUGGAGUUUGGUGCUAAGCUUGCAAGGGCCCAGAGCAUGUCCAUAAAGAGUCAGCCACAGACACAAGCAUCUGCUCCUCAUCCACAGAAUAUAUUUAAAAGAAAGCUCCAGUUCAUUCAGGAGGAGAAAAACAAAGAGAUUGAGGUUCUGCGUCAGAGGGUGAGAGAGCUGGAACAGCAGAGCCUUCACGGAUUGAUGGACUCUCGUCUGAAGAGGAGGAAAAUCUGAGACCUAUUUUGAUCUGACCGUUGAUACGUGAGGGCCUUCGUCCAACUGUUUGACACAUGGAUUUAUUUGAAAACACAUUUCCCUCAGAAUAUGUUCUAAAUAUUUUUCAGUCAAGUUCUGUUGUGUUCUUAAUUCCAGUGUAAGUGUUUAUUGCCUUUACACUAUAAUAAAUGAACAUCUGAAGACUGUGCUAUAUGAGAGGUCAUUCAGAGAGGAAGGAUAUGGCAGGUGACAUGGACUUCUAGGAGAUUACGGCUCGUGUGCUUUUGCAUUGGACACCUGUAAACACAAUCACAUUUUCCAGAUAAAGCUUGUAAUCUCAUCAGUAGAGACGGCUGGUAAUUCGGUGCCUUCUUCAAUAACACACACAUGCACAUACUCACAAUACACUCUCAUGACAUCAAAUACUUAGAAAAUGCUGUUUCAUUCAGAGAAAUUGGACCAAUGAAAUUAAUUAAUGUUAAAGUACAGUUUAAAUCAUUCAGCAGCUUAAUAGUUACAACAAUGUAUUCAAAAUAAUUUAUUCCAUGCAGACAUUAUUGCAUGCAACAUUAUCGGUGUUAUUUUAGUA